UUAAAAACCCCACCCUCUCUGGGUCCACCCCAGCGACCACCACUGCUACGAGUGCCGACGGAGUCCUCACCUCCCCUCUUCUUCAUAUAAUAACAAUAAUACACGCUUUGAUCCAAGGAAGAGAAGAGAGAAGAGAGAAGAGAGAAGAGAGAAGAGAGAAGAACAGGUGAACAAAAUAUGGCCUCCGCCUCCUUGACCUUCUCCUCUCCCACUAUCCCGCGCCGCUCCCAAACUCGUAUCACCACCCGCCGCCCGAUCCCUAAUCGUAUCGCCGCUUCCGUAUCGGGAAAACCCGUUACAGCAACUCCCUCCUCUUCCUCGUCGUCCAAGCUCCCGUUACGGAAAAUCCCCGGAGACUACGGGCUUCCCUUCAUCGGCCCACUCCGCGACCGGCUUAACUACUUCUACUUCGAAGGCCGCGACGAGUUCUUCAAGUCCCGGAUCCAGCAGCACCAGUCAACGGUUUUCCGGGUCAACAUGCCCCCGGGACCCUUCGUCGCCCCCGACCCCCGCGUCGUCGCCCUCCUCGACGCCGCCAGCUUCCCCGUGCUCUUCGACACCUCCCUCGUCGAGAAGCGUGACCUCUUUACGGGCACCUUCAUGCCCUCCACCAACCUCACCGGCGGCUUCCGCGUCCUCUCCUACCUCGACCCCUCCGAGCCGAACCACGCCCCCCUCAAAAAGCUCCUCUUUUUCCUCCUCUCCUCCCGCCGCCACGCUAUCAUCCCCGAGUUCCGCCGGACUUUUGGCUCCCUCUUCGAUACCCUCGAAGCAGAGCUCGCCAAGAAGGGGAAGGCCGACUUCGGGGAGGCCAACGACCGGGCGGCUUUCGAUUUCCUUGCAAGAUCACUCCUUGGCAAGGAUCCUGUCGAGACCAAGCUCGGCCUCGAGGGCCCCAAAUUGAUCACGAAAUGGGUCCUCUUCCAGCUCGGUCCCCUGUUGACUUUAGGCCUCCCCAACUAUCUAGAGGAUUUCUUCCUCCACUCCUUCCGCCUCCCGCCGGCGCUGGUCCGAGGCGACUACAACCGGCUCGCCGAUUUCUUCUGGGAAUCUGCCGGCCCUGCGCUGGACGAGGCGGACCGGCUCGGGAUCUCGAGAGAAGAGGCGGUCCACAACAUCCUCUUCGCUACCUGCUUCAACGCCUUCGGCGGGAUGAAGAUCCUCUUCCCGAGCUUGAUCAAGUGGGUGGGGCGCGCCGGAGCGCGGCUGCACGGCCGGCUGGCAAAUGAGAUCCGCUCGGCUGUGAGGGCCAACGGCGGCGAGGUGAGCAUGAGGGCGAUGGAGUCGAUGCCGCUGAUGAAGUCGGUGGUGUACGAGACGCUCCGGAUCGAGCCCCCCGUGCCGCUUCAGCACGGGCGGGCGAAGCGGAACCUGGUGGUGGAGAGUCACGACGCCCGGUUCGAGGUGCGAGCCGGGGAGAUGCUCUUCGGGUACCAGCCCUUCGCGACCAAGGACCCGAGGGUGUUCGACCGGGCGGAGGAGUUCGUGGCGGAGCGGUUCGUCGGGGAUGCGGGGGAGGCGAUGCUCCGCCACGUGCUGUGGUCGAACGGGCCUGAGACGGAGGCGCCGACGACGGAGAACAAGCAGUGCGCGGGCAAGGACUUCGUGGUGCUAGUGGCGCGGAUGCUGGUGGUGGAGCUCUUCCUCCGCUACGACUCCUUCGAGAUCGAGGUGGGCUCGUCGGCGCUGGGCUCGUCGGUGAAAAUGACGUCGUUGAAAAGAGCCACCUUUUGAGGCGGCACGGGGGGCCGUUUCCGGGAAGAUGAGGUUGACGGGUCAAAGAUAUUGGCGGGUCCACCAUGCACGUGAAAAGGAUAUAAAAAUGCAAUAGGAUCGAGAUUCACUGUUAAUUGCGUGUUUGACUGCAGAAGCAAGAUGCGUUCUUAUAGAAUUUUUAACUUGAUUUACGAAAUAAUUUAAUCAUGGGUCAUUAUCUCUAUAAUUAAAAACUUGCAAUGAUAUUGGAUGGGCCCUUUGCAAGCUCUACA